UCCCGCUUCUCAGUCCGGUCUCCGAUUUUUCCGUUUUCCUGUCAACAUUCACAAGGGUCGUCGUCCUUUUCCAUUUUCCUCAUAUUUAUGGACUGAAUCCGUCCUAGCACUUUUCCUCACUCGUGAUUUCGUCUUCGUGCGCGCUCACAACGUCCGCUACAACCCAAGAAAAUAAGUCUCUCGCUUCAUGGAGAAAAAAUCCUCAGAGAAGAAAGAUGAGGUGACAAAUCCAAACACCUGUAUUGAACCUCAUGACUCAGAUGAAGCAAGUAUUCCUGAGGAAGCAAAAAUCGAUUCUGAUUUAGGUGGAGUGGAUACAUCUGAGGCACAAAAUGAUGGGAAUGAAAUAGAGAAGCAAACUGAGGAGAAGAAAAUGGAUACAAAAGAAGAAAGUGAUGAAACAGUGGUUGAAAAAGGAUCUAAUAACUUGAAGGGAGAGGUCGGUAAUGUAGAUUUAGGGGUAACUGACAAGAAUUUGGAGGAAGCUUCCUAUGAAGCGGAAGAACCUGUUUUCGAUGGGACUGAAGUAGAAGUGCAGGGCUCUGCUUGGCCUGAGAAGGCAGUGGCUCUUUCAAAAUAUGUAAAGCAGAAAAGUUUCGGUGCAGUAUCCACCGUUCUGCGUCGACUUUCUGGAAAAAGUGAUGAUGGUCAAGAUAUUGCUGAUGAAGAUUUUGAAUCAUCUUCGGAAAAUGCAGGCAAAGAGCACUCCCCAAAACCUGCAGAGAGAUCUGGAUGGAAUCCACUUAGCCUCAUUCGCAUAUCACAGGAUUCUGGCGGACAAACUAAGCCUGAGAACUACUUCAUGGAAGGUUUAUCUCAACCUUUGCAAUGACAACCUAUUGCAAUGAAGGGGCAAAUCAUUUUGUAUACGAAGUUAGGUUGCCAGGACUGUAAAGAUGCACGCAUGUAUCUGCGAAAAAAAGGGCUCGGAUAUGUUGAGAUCAAUACUGAUGUCUACCCAAUGAGAAAGCUAGAGCUGGAAAAGAUUGCAGGAUCUUCUGCAGUACCUAGGGUUUUUUUUAAUGAAGUCCUGAUUGGAGGAUUGAAUGAACUGAAGACAUUAGAGGAAUCUGGAAAACUUGGAGAUAAGAUUGAUUUUGUUAUCAAUGAAACAGCAUCAUACGAAGCACCUCUACCACCCCUUCCCGGUGAAGAUGAUUUGUCAAAUAGUGGAGCUGUUGAUGAGCUGGCUGCUAUUGUUCGGAAAAUGAAAGAGACAAUAUCUGUGAAAGAUCGAUUUUACAAACUGCGGCGGUUUGUCAACUGUUUUUUAGGUUCAGAAGCUGUAGAUUUCUUGUCAGAAGAUCAGUACUUGGAGAGGGAAGAUGCUGUCGAGUUUGGCAGAAAGCUUGCUGAAAAUUUCUUCUUCAAAAAUGUCGUCCAGGAGAAUGUAUUUGAAGAUGGACACCACUUAUAUCGUUUCUUGGACGAUGAUCCUUUGAUCUCUCGAUGUCAAAACAUCCCAAAGGGCAUUAGUGAAGUGAAACCAAAAUCUAUUACAGAAAUUUCCUCAAGGCUUAGAAUUUUGUCUCAGGCAAUGAUAGAAGCUUAUACUUUGGAAGAUGGAAGGAGAGUCGAUUACAAAAGCAUCCAAGGGAGUGAAGAGUUUGCAAGGUACUUGAGGAUAGUUGAGGAACUUCAGCGCGUAGAUCUACAUGAAAUGUCUCGAGAGGAAAAACUAUCCUUUUUCAUUAAUCUUUACAAUAUGAUGGCCAUUCAUGCAAUAUUGGUGUGGGGUCACCCUUCCGGAGCACUAGAGAGGAGAAAUCUUUUGGGAGACUUCAAAUAUGUUAUCGGUGGAUCCGCAUAUUCCCUCUCAGCCAUCUAUAACGGCAUUUUGAGGGGGAAUCAGAGACCACCAUACAAUCUCGUCAAGCCAUUUGGUGCAAAAGAUGAGCGUUUAAAGGUUGCGCUUCCGUAUCCGGAGCCUCUUGUUCAUUUUGCACUGGUUUGUGGUACCCAAUCUGGACCUGCCCUUCGAUGCUACUCACCUGGUAACAUAGACAAAGAGUUAGCAGAUGCUGCUCGUAAUUUUCUGAGAAUUGGAGGACUUUGUGUCGAUCUUGUUACCAAUGUUGCGUACGUCAGUAAAAUAUUGAAAUGGUACAGUGUAGAUUUUGGGAAGAACGAGAUAGAGGUGCUGAGGCACGCGGCAAACUACCUGGAUGCGGCCGAGUCGCAGCCCUUGCUGGAACUGCUUUCCAAUACUCAGCUGAAGGUAAUUUACCUGCCUUAUGAUUGGGGAUUGAAUCAAUAGCACGCACAUGCACAUGCACAUGCACACACACAUAUAUAUAUAUAUAUAUGGUCAGUUGUGCGAGUACUUGUUUUAUAACUGAAGAAAUCUGUGAAUAUCUUACAUAGUUACAUAUGAUGAAGCUGCUAAGUCAUAUGUGUUGAUAGU